AACAAGAAAAGCACAACUCGAAAGCGAUCAUAAGAGAGAAAAACCCAGGUAAUUGAAGGAAGAAAUGAAGCUAGUUUGGUCUCCGGAGACAGCAUCCAAGGCUUAUAUUGAUACUGUUAAAUCUGUAAGCAUCAAUCAAAUUUAUCAUGAAUCCGGUGUAGCAGAGCUUGUUUCGGCCAUGGCAGCAGGCUGGAACGCGAAAUUCAUCGUGGAGACAUGGUCACAGGGUGGCGCCACCGCAACAAGCGUCGGACUGGCGGUUGCUAGCGGCCAUACAAACGGAAGACAUGUAUGUAUGGUUCCCGAUGAACGAUCAAGAUUAGCAUACGUUGAGGCCCUGGAAGAAGCCGGUAUGUCACGACCGGAGGUCAUCGUCGGGGAACCAGAGGAAGUAGUGAAUAGAUUAAACGGCAUAGAUUUCAUGUUGGUGGAUAGCCAACGAAAGGACUUUUCCAGGGUAUUAAGGCUGGCGAAACUGAGUAACCGAGGGGCAGUUCUGGUAUGCAAGAAUGUUAAUUCCAAAACUGCUUCGAGUUUCAAAUGGAGAAGUGUUAUAGAUGAUGGUUCACGACAGCUCGUCCGCUCCGUGUUUCUUCCGGUAGGGAAAGGCUUGGAUAUUGCUCAUGUAGCCACCAGCGGGGGAAAUUCAGUUUCAGACAAAAGCCAAAGACGGUGGAUCAAACAGGUUGAUCGACAAUCCGUGGAAGAAUAGGUCAUACGAAAAUAG